AUGGCUGCUUCUCGGCGUGGCUUCUCCGCCAAUUUGGCGAUGCUCUUCCAGGAAGUGCCUUUCCUUGAUCGCCUCAAGCGGGCGCGGGCGGCAGGAUUCGCUGCUGUGGAGAUUUCGACGCCAGAGCUCUUCAGCCACCCACCGGAGCAUGUCGCAAGUGCAUUGCAGGAGGAAUGCCUCAAGUGUGUCCUCUUCAACAUGCCGGCCGGGGACUGGACGGCCGGCGAGCGCGGCCUGGCGGCAGGAGCUUCACGCGAGGACUUCGAGCGCUCCCUGGACAUCACUGUGGACUACGCAGUGAGGCUCGCGUGUCCACGGGUUCACUGCUUGGCGGGCUUAUGCUCAGAGAACACGUGUGACGAGACCUACCAGCAAAACCUGGAACGUGCCGUUCGCGUCCUCGGCCCCAUCGGCGUUGAGGUGGUCAUCGAGCCCAUCAACCAGCGCAGCAUGCCUGGCUAUCAUCUGAGCUCUCUGCCACACGCUGCUGCCAUAAUCCGCAGCGUUUCUGCCAAUCUACCGCCAGAGCUUCGGGGCGGGCGAAGUGGCGCUACCGGUGGCCUGAAGCUCCUGUUCGAUUUCUUCCAUUGUCAGAUCAUGCACGGCGACCUCACCACGAACCUCCGCAAGUAUGGGGACCUCAUCGGCCACGUUCAAGUUGCAGGAGUUCCAGACAGAGCUGAGCCAGAUGACAGGCAAGAGAUAAACUUUCCGCACCUUCUGCAGCACGUUCUUCGGGGCGAGCUGGCCUACACAGGACACGUCGGCUUGGAGUAUCAUCCGCGUCGUACGACGGAAGAGGGCUUGGCCUGGCUUGAAAAGCUUCCGGAGUAG